UAUAAUAGUUUGUAGCAAAGGGGGAUAUAAAAAUUCAAUAUUUUGAUGUGUUUGAAAUAUGUCUUGUGCAGACAUUAUUUAACCCCUUUGUUCCAAAGAAUGGUUAAAAAAUAUACAUAUUGAUAUAUUGCUCCCUUUAAUGUUUGCCUAAAAAAAGCCUCAAAGAUAACAAAGAUCUCGACGAAUACUUUUCUUAUCCAGACCACUGUUGAAACGGAGGUAAUCAAAUAUGAAGACUUUUGUAUCGACGUCUGCUCAAAUGUCAGUGUCGAAAGACUGGAAAAACCUCGUAAUAUAGAGAGAAGAGAUUUUUUUCUCCACUUUUCUCUCAAUUUGUUGUUUAACCCUUGUGAAGGGACAAAUCAUUCUUCAUUUUCUUCCCCCCCAAAAAACCCUGUGAAGUCACUGAAAUGAGAAAAGAGGAAAUGUAAACAAAGCUAGACACAUGUCGAACCUGCCAGAGAUCGCAUUGAACUUCAUGCUCGGGCUAGACCCCGCCAGGUGUGUAACAGAAGAAAAGAUAGCCUGUCAGCUGCCUUGUGUCCAAGAUUUGUUCUCCAGGAAAAAUGGAGUCAAAAGUUUCAGCGAUGAAGAGAUGCCACAUGUCAUGGAGAGUGUCUGCAUGCCUGACACCACGCGACAAGACAGCGUGGCGACAUGUUCCAGCGAGGGAUCGCUCGACGCCUCACCGCUGACGCACGACGGAGGCUGCUCGGUUACCCCUGACAACUCGCGCUCAUGUACACCUUCCUCCAUGAGCUGCUUGCUGAGCCCCAUCAGUAAGGAUUCCCGCUCAGCUGACAGCUCGCAAUGUGAAUGCAAGGACACACCCCCUCCGCCUUUGACAUGCAAGUGGAAAGACUGUGAAUGUGAAGACUUCGAACCGCACGGAAUCUUAGAACACAUCAAGUCAAAACAUGUGGAUUCUCAGAAAGGGAAAAAAGUCUCAUGCCUGUGGGAAGGGUGUAAGGUGUAUAGUGUACAGUCCAAAUCACGAGCGUGGCUCGAACACCACGUGGUGUGUCAUUGUGGCGACAAGCCCUUCCGAUGCAUUGUGGAUGGGUGUUCUUUGAGUUUUACGUCACAUAAGUUAUUGGAGAAGCAUGUUAACAAUCAUUUCAAGUUACAGCAGGUGCAGGGUCCCAGGCAGGCCAAGUCACGCGAGGACACGCCCACCAAGAUGUGGAAACGGAGGAAGUGUCGUCGAAGUCGGCCUCCUGGGGUGAAGCAGGUGGAUUUUUUUGAUGAUGGUAUAAUGGAGAGGAUACAGGAGGACCUGACCCACACGACAGAACUCUCACACAUUGAUCUCAACGGCAGCUCCCACUCCGCCACAUUCCACAGCCAAGUUAUAGCAAAGAGAACUGAUCGCAAUGGGAAAGUCCAAGCCCUUCUUCACUGGCAGCCAGAGCAUGUAAUACCAGACUGCUGGGUUGCAGAGAAGGAGUUGGAGAAUUUUCAGAUGUGCACCAUCCCUCUCAAGCGACUACCUCAUCCGACGGCGGCCAACCUCCACUCCUCCAUCUACCGCCACAACCGGCGCCGCAAACACCGCAGGAAGUGACAUCACACAGGAAAUGACAUCACAUCAACUAAGUUCCCCAAAGUGCAAAUAUUACAGACUCCUUAUAGAGAAUCCUGUGAUGCAUGUAUUUUCAUGACAGUUUUUUUUUGUGGUUGUUCUGGGCAACCAGAAAAAAGGUUUUGAUUGCAAUAUAUGUAUUUUUUUUUCUUUCCUUGAGGAUCUCAAAUUGCUAUAUAAUUACUGGAGAAUCAAAGUAAUUAUAAGAAUUUAUGUCAAUAUUUUUGAGAAGAUUUUUGUUGGUAGACUGAAAUGUAAUGGAAUUUGUGUGAUUUUUUUAGCCGAAUUAGUUAAGAUAUUUUUGAUUUUGAUACUGCACGGACAUCUAUAGGUCAGAAAAUACAAAAGUGAGUGCUCUGAUUUUUUAAGUUAUGGCAUUUAAAAUUUAAUGUAUUUUUGCAAAAAGUCAAUUCAAAAAGUGCUGUGAAACAGAGUAAAAAAAAGCUGACAAUAUGCAAAUACAACAUUCCUUCUAAAUGUUUUACUUUCAAUAUAAUAUUAUUCCAUCAUUUACAAUUAUUUUUUGUCUGAUUUUUUCAUGCGUAUAAAUUAAUUUUCUACCGAUGAAAUUCACCAGCUGAUUGAAAGUUACUGUUGGGUGGGAUACAACAUUUAAAUUAAUUUUUUAAAAGUUUAAACUGACCAGCAUACAUUAAGAAAUAAUAUAAGAUUGCUAAAAAUAGAUUUAUUUAAAAUAAUCUGGUAAGGAAGUUCAACCUUGAUGUAUAUAAAAAAGUAUUAAAAGUAUCAACCAGUAUACUCUUUCAACAAAAAAAAAAAAAAACAAGAAUUCCCAUCUACCUCUGCACUCUACAUAACUUAUUUAUUAAUUUAAUGAAUAAUUAAGAAAAUUAGUUAGUCUAGCCUUCUUUGUAUUGUAUAUAUACUUUUGCAUCAUUUGAAAUGUAUCAAAAGUCUUGUUAAUUUUCUUUGAAAAGAAAUGCCUUAACUGUAUUUUAAUUUUCC